GAUAUUUGUAUCGAAAGCAGAUAUAGACUGUUAUUUCGUUCCAUAAAAUGUCUAAAAUAACCGAAUUUUCCAUGAUAUUGCUCAGUUUUAAUUUUGGUUUUGGACCACUAUAUUUUAAUAUACCAUGUACUACAGAUGCGAAGUACGUUUAUAGAGAAUGUCGAGCCAAGUGGUCAGAGUGGAUGGUCAAUAAAACUUAUCUUAUUCAUAAUAUUCCCAAUAUACCUGCAAGUGUAACGCAACGUAAUUGUACUUGGUUCAUUGCACCCUGUAUUCGUAACCGACAGUGUCCUUGUGAAAUGUACUAUCCACUGGAGUUGUCCAACGUUCAGUUACCUCGGAAAAGAAACCAUAUAUGCGUUCAGAAGAAAACAUGUGAUGUCUUAAUCUGUUCAUCAGUUGUCCUCAAAGGUAGUACUAUUUCCUCAUCGAAGUUAGUUUUGAAAUCAUACCAUUUUGAAGGGAAACAAAAUAAACGCAAACCUCUAGUCGGAAUAAUUUAUGUGCCACUUGAUUACAAUACUCAAAAAACUUAUGAAAAGAAUAAAGUACAAUCAGAGGAAUCAGGUUUAAUAGAGAGUGAGGAGUACAUGGUCAUGGACGUUUCUAAUAAUUCUAUACACCCGGUACAUGCCAAAAGCAGUUAUCCGUCAGCGAAUAGUCACAAUAUCAGCAACAACACUAACAGAACUGAAAAUGCUUUAACUCUCACUGGGAUUGUGCUACUUCCACUUUUAUUUUUAAUACUGGUUAUAUUUUCUUUGUUUAAAAUUUUACCAAACACUCGAUGUUUCACCAGAACUUACUUACAAAAUUAUCAUCUACCAAAGGAAUAUGAUCUGAGUUGUCAAAGUUAACAGGACAAGGUAUGACUUUUCUUUAAUUGUCUUCAUUUGACUGUAUUAUUUUUAUUCUUGAUGCCCAAAAUAUUUUUGGUACUUUGUAUACUGACAAACAAUUUUCUGACAAAGUCUUCUGUUGUAUUCAUUGGGUGAGGG